UUGCCUCUCACUCAACAUCCAACCUUCAAAUUCCAACCAAACAUUUUAACAUCACCAAAAAAUUUCAGAAACCGUCAAAUGGCUUCAAAAGGGAUUCACAUUGGUCUAGUUCUGGUGCUUGUGGGCAUGCUAUAUGGUGGAGCUAUGGCUCAGUCCGGCUGCAGCAAUGUGCUCACAAGCCUAGCCCCUUGCCUCAACUAUGUUACAGGAAAUACAACGACUCCAUCAUCUUCUUGCUGCUCGCAGCUAGCCAGUGUGGUCCAAUCCUCACCGCAGUGCAUUUGCUCACUCCUCAAUAACAGCAUUCCUUCCCUAGGCAUUAACAUAAACCAAACUCAGGCUCUUUCACUGCCCGGUGCUUGUAAAGUGCAAACCCCACCAAUUAGCCAGUGUAAAGCUGCUAAUGCGCCUGCCACAUCAGCUGCUCCGCCUGCCACUUCAGCAGCUUCACCCUCACCCACCACUUCUGCAACUUCUCCAGCCGCUUCUCCAUCAGGUUCACCCAAUGAAACGCCUGAGCCUGCCAUUACUCCAACAACAUCAAAUGUUCCUUCUUCUUCUUCAGGAAGUGGGUCAAAAACAGUACCAUCAACAAAUGGAACAUCAGAUGGAAGUAUCAGAAAAGCACCCAUUCAUCUUAUGCUCUUUGCUUUCUUCAUUUUGUGGUGUGGUUCAGCUUUUUCCAAAUUCUGAACCGGAAUCUCGAAGGGGAAUUUGUGGCUUGUUAAAUUUGAUUCUUUUCUCCGAUUUUGUAUUUGUCUGUUAAAAGAUGAUUGACUCUUGCUUCUGUUACUCGGAGUGAGUGUGAUUGUAUUAUUAUUUGUUUAGUUGUGUUUGAUAAAUAAAGAGAUCUUGAUGGUUGGUACUUUCAUGGA